AUGUCUCAAGCUGAAGAACCUAUGGAAGCGGCAGAUGCUGGCGAUAAUUCUAAUGGCUCUUCAAGUGAUACACCGUCAUCUAGAGGCAAAGAAGGUGAUUUUGAAAGCAAAAUUGAAACUGAUCGAGCCAAGAGAUUUGAUUUUUUGUUAAAGCAAACGGAGAUUUUCUCACAUUUCAUGACAAAUACUCCCAAAUCGGGAAGUAGUCCUCCUAAACCCAAAGCUGGAAGACCAAGAAAGAUUAAAGAACCUGAGCCUGAAGCUGGAGACCACCGACAUCGUAAAACAGAACAAGAGGAAGAUGAAGAGCUUCUUGCUGAAACAAAUACAAAACAGAAAACUAUUUUCCGAUUUGAAUCAUCACCUCCAUAUAUAAAGAACGGUGAAAUGAGAGAUUACCAAGUUAGAGGUUUGAAUUGGAUGAUAUCUCUCUAUGAAAAUGGUAUCAAUGGUAUCCUAGCCGAUGAGAUGGGUUUAGGAAAGACAUUACAGACCAUAUCACUCUUAGGAUAUAUGAAAAAUUUCAAAAAUGUUCCUGGGCCUCACAUAGUUAUUGUGCCGAAAUCUACCUUGACAAAUUGGAUGAACGAAUUCAAGAAGUGGUGUCCAUCGCUCCGAGCUGUGUGUCUCAUUGGAGAUCAAGAGACCAGGAAUAUAUUUAUAAGGGAGACGCUGAUGCCUGGAAAUUGGGAUGUUUGCAUCACGUCAUACGAAAUGAUCAUACGCGAGAAAUCCGUCUUCAAGAAAUUUAACUGGAGGUACAUGGUCAUAGAUGAAGCUCAUCGUAUCAAGAACGAAAAAUCUAAACUGUCAGAACUACUCCGUGAGUUCAAGAGCAUGAAUAGACUUCUCUUAACUGGAACACCGUUACAGAAUAAUCUUCACGAGCUCUGGGCUUUACUCAACUUUUUGUUACCUGAUGUGUUUAAUAGUUCUGAUGAUUUUGAUGCAUGGUUCAAUACAAAUGCCGCACUGGGUGACAAUCAACUUGUGUCUCGUUUGCAUGCCGUGCUGAGACCGUUUUUAUUGAGACGUCUCAAAGCAGAAGUGGAAAAGAAGCUGAAACCUAAGAAGGAACUUAAAGUGUACAUAGGUUUGAGUAAAAUGCAAAGGGAAUGGUACACUAAAGUAUUGAUGAAGGAUAUAGAUGUUGUAAAUGGAGCUGGUAAAGUAGAGAAAAUGAGAUUACAAAACAUUCUUAUGCAACUGCGUAAGUGUUGCAACCACCCUUACUUGUUCGACGGCGCGGAGCCCGGCCCUCCCUACACCACAGAUGAACAUCUAGUGUACAACUGUGGAAAACUAGCUAUAUUGGAUAAGCUAUUGCCAAAAUUACAAGAACAAGAAUCGAGAGUUCUCAUAUUCUCACAAAUGACAAGAAUGUUGGAUAUUUUGGAGGAUUAUUGUCUUUGGAGGCAAUACAAAUACUGUCGUCUAGACGGACAAACACCUCAUGAAGAUAGGAACAGGCAGAUUGAGGAAUACAAUGCUGAAGGCAGCGAGAAAUUUAUAUUCAUGUUGUCAACUCGAGCUGGAGGUCUGGGUAUUAAUCUGACAACAGCUGAUGUGGUCAUUAUAUAUGACUCAGAUUGGAACCCACAGAUGGACUUGCAAGCUAUGGACAGAGCUCACCGUAUAGGGCAAUUGAAACAAGUAUUUGUACGUGUGUUCCGUCUUAUAACUGAGAACACGGUCGAGGAGAAAAUAGUUGAAAGGGCAGAGGUCAAACUGCGUCUAGACAAGCUGGUUAUACAGUCAGGGCGUCUUGUUGAUAUUAAGAACCAACUUAAUAAAGACGAAAUGUUGAACAUGAUCAGACAUGGCGCCAACCACGUGUUUUCUUCCAAGGACUCUGAGAUCACCGACGAAGACAUUGAUAGUAUUCUCGCAAAGGGAGAAUCGAAGACUGAGGAAUUGAAACAGAAGUUGGAGAGUCUUGAAGAAUCCUCGUUACGAUCGUUUUCCAUGGAUACUCCUGGAGCAACUGAUUCUGUAUAUCAAUUUGAAGGUGAGGAUUACAGAGAAAAACAGAAGAUAGUCCCGAUCGGUAAUUGGAUAGAACCACCUAAAAGAGAACGUAAAGCUAACUACGCUGUUGACGCGUACUUCAGAGAGGCACUUCGCGUCUCUGAACCGAAGGCGCCAAAGGUACAGGCCCCGAGACCUCCGAAGCAGCCGAUAGUUCAAGACUUUCAGUUUUUCCCUCCUCGACUUUUUGAGCUGCUAGAUCAAGAAAUAUAUCACUACAGAAAAACUCUUGGUUACAAAGUACCUCGAAACCCAGAAUUGGGACCUGAUGCAGCAAAGAUACAAAGAGAAGAACAACGAAAAAUCGAUGACGCUGAAUCUCUCACAGAAGAAGAAGUGCAAGAAAAGGAACAACUUUUAACACAAGGUUUUACAAACUGGACAAAACGGGACUUCAAUCAAUUUAUAAAGGCUAAUGAAAAGUAUGGAAGAGAUGAUAUAGAAAAUAUCGCUAAGGAUGUUGAAGGGAAGACACCAGAGGAGGUCAUGGAAUACUCAGCAGUUUUUUGGGAAAGAUGUCACGAACUUCAAGAUAUUGAUAGAAUUAUGGGUCAAAUUGAAAGAGGUGAGGCUAAGAUACAGAGGAGGGCGUCGAUCAAAAAAGCUUUAGAUGCUAAAAUGGCGCGAUACAGGGCGCCCUUCCACCAACUAAGAAUAUCAUACGGCACGAAUAAGGGGAAAAAUUAUGUAGAGGAAGAGGACAGGUUCCUCGUUUGCAUGCUGCAUAAAUUGGGUUUCGAUAAGGAAAAUGUCUAUGAAGAACUAAGAGCUGCUGUACACGCAGCUCCUCAAUUCCGUUUCGAUUGGUUCCUAAAGUCACGUACAGCCGUUGAACUACAACGAAGAUGCAAUACUCUUAUAACACUGAUCGAGAGGGAAAAUCAAGAAUUGGAAGAAAAAGAACGCGCUGAAAAGAAAAAGAAGAGUGGUAAUUCUAAUCAAAAUACUCCUGGAGGUAAUGCUACCGGUAAAGGUGCCAAUUCAGGCAAACGUAAGGCUGAGAACACACCGGACACAGCUCAGAAAAAUAAGAAAAAGAAGAAAUGA